AACGACAACAAUCCUUCAGGUAAGCUAAAGCAGCUAGCUGGCUAAUUACCGUUCCCUCCAGGAGCGGUUUGUCAAACGGCUUCACCGGGACAAACAGACAUGGAGAAUGUGCAUCUGGCCGAAGAGGAGGAUGAUCUUUACUCGGGGUAUAAUGACUACAACCCAACGUUUGACUCAGAGGACCUUGACAAUGAUGCGGGCUUCCAGCAAGCAGUGAGGACCAGUCAUGGGAGAAGACCCCCCAUGACUGCCAAGUUUCCUGGCACUGCCGUCGGAGCACGUCCUCUGGGCACUUCCUUUGGAUCCAGGGUCCCUAUGGCCUCUUCAAUGGGCAGACCCAUGACUGGAGCUAUACAGGAUGGAACAGCCAGGCCAAUGACUGCAGUCAGAGCGGCAGGUUACACCUCUUCCUUGACCCGAGGCUCCACCUUUGACCCCUUGGGCCAGUCCAAAGGCCCCGCACCUCCACUGGAAGCCAAGAACGAGGAUACGCUUGAUGAGAAGAUCAAGAUCAUGGAGAAGAAAGUGAACGACCUGAUAGAAGAGAGCUGCAUGGCACACAGCCUGGGAGCCUCACAGCUGGCUCUGGAAAAAGCCAAAGAAGCAGGGAGGAAGGAGAGAGCGCUGGUGAGACAGAGGGAACAAUCUGGCAGUGCUGACCACAUCAACUUGGACCUCACUUACUCUGUUCUGUUCAACCUAGCCAACCAGUAUGAGAAUAACGACAUGUACCCAGAGGCUCUGAACAGCUACCAGGUCAUUGUGAAGAACAAGAUGUUCAGUAACGCAGGCCGGUUGAAAGUCAACAUGGCCAACAUCUAUUUCAAACAGAAGAACUACCCUAAAGCCAUCAAGUUCUACCGCAUGGCGCUGGACCAAAUCUCCAACACCCACAAGGAGAUGAGGAUCAAGAUCAUGCAGAACAUCGGCGUCGUCUUUGUCCGCAUGGGCCAGUACUCGGACGCCAUCACCUCCUUCGAGCACAUCAUGAGCGAGAGCCCCAACCUCACGGUGGGCUACAACCUUAUCCUGUGCUACUACGCCAUUGGAGACAAGGAGAGGAUGAAGAAAGCCUUCCAGAAGCUCAUCUGCGUUCCUCUAGGCAUCGCCGAGGAAGACAAGUACAUUCCAUCCAAUGAUGACACUCACACAAAUAUGGUCAUCGAGGCCAUUAAGAACGACCAGCUUCACCAGAUGGAGCGAGAGAGAAAAGCCUUGGCGGAGAAGUUCAUCAUGACCGCAGCCAAACUCAUUGCUCCGGCCAUCGAGCCUUCCUUUGCUGCCGGAUUUGACUGGUGCGUGGAAAUGGUGAAGAGUUCUCAGUACGUUGAACUGGCCAAUGAUCUAGAGAUCAACAAAGCGAUCACCUACCUCAGACAGAAGGACUUCAAUCAGGUCGAGGCUGUACAAAUUCUGAAGACCUUUGAGAAGAAGGACAGCAGAGUGAAAAGCGCUGCAGCCACCAACCUCGCUGCCCUCUACUCCCUGGAGAAUGACUACGACCAGGCUGACCGUUACGCAGACCUAGCCAUGAACGCUGAUCGCUACAACCCGGCAGCACUCAUCAACAAGGGCAACACAGUGUUUGUCAAGCAGGACUACGAGAAGGCAGCAGAAUUCUAUAAAGAAGCUUUUAGGAACGAUUCCUCGUGCACUGAGGCGCUCUACAACCUAGGUCUGUCCUAUAAGAAGCUAAAUCGUCUAGAGGAGGCUCUGGACUGCUUCCUGAAGCUCCAUGCCAUUCUGAGGAACAGUGCCCAAGUCAUGUACCAGGUGGCUGACCUCUACGAGCUGCUGGAGGAUCCCCAGCAGGCCAUCGAGUGGCUGAUGAAGCUCAUCAGUGUGACGCCCACCGACCCAAAGGUACUGGUCAAACUGGGAGAGCUGUACGACAGUGAGGGGGACAAGUCCCAGGCUUUCCAGCACUACUAUGAGUCUUUCAGGUACUUCCCCUCCAACAUUGAUGUGAUUGAGUGGCUCGGGGCCUAUUACAUCGAGACCCAGUUCUGUGAGAAGGCCAUUCAGUACUUUGAGAGAGCCACACUUAUUCAGCCAACCCAAGUGAAGUGGCAGCUAAUGGUGGCAAGUUGUUACAGGAGAAGUGGAAACUACCAGAAAGCUCUAGAAACAUACAAAGACAUCCACCGCAAGUUCCCUGAAAAUGUAGAAUGCCUGCGUUUCCUGGUGAGGCUAUGCACUGACAUGGGACUAAAGGAAGUCCAAGAAUAUGCCACCAAGCUGAAGAAGGUGGAGAAGAUGAAAGAGAUCAGAGAACAGAGGGUGAAGUCAGGGCGGGAGGGCAGUGCCAGAGGUCGGAAAGAAGGCAGAGAGGGCAGCGCUGGUAGUGCGGGUGCCUCCACACCCGCCCGCACCCCUCCUAAGAAAACCAACACUAUGGAAGUGAACCUGGACAUGUCAGAAGAAACAUUCUUGGAAGUCUCUCAGUAUUGUCAGGCAUACACGGAAAUCAAAGCAGUAUCUCACACUGAGCCCAAACAGCUCAGUCCACUGCUGGACUCAAGGAAAGACAGCGGCCACAGCAGCCAGGGCACCGGCACCAGGGGCGAGCGGUUGAGUGCGAAGAUCAGGUCACUUCCUAGUUCCCAUGAGCCCUACGAAACCAGCAGCCAGAGGGAGCUGGAUGCACCCUAUGUGGAUCCACUGGGGCCUCAGAUGGAGAGGCCGAAGAGUGCGGCCAGAAAGUGGCAGGAGGAUGACGACUUUGCUGAUGAAGAGCUGGGAGACGACCUCCUCCCCGAGUAGCUGCCUCACCCUCUGCCCUCACUGCUGCACCCACACACUAAUGACAAAUGUGAACCUCAGUGGAGCCAGAUGUCACAGGCUCAGUGCAGGUCACCACAGGCACACAGCCUCACUGAAGUUGUUUCUUCCAUCCAGGACUGUGAAACAAAACGUAUUUCAAUCAUUUAAUUCAAUACUUUUCUUAAUGAAUGUGUUGGAUGAGCUCAUUUACAUCAAAAUGUAAAAGGCACCGUGUCUUUUGACUUUAGUUUUUGUCAACAACCCAGGAGGGAGAGAUCUUCUUUUGCCAUCAGUUCUUAGUUUUGCUGUGGCUUCCUUGAAAUCUUAGUCACAGUGUGUGGAAAAUCUGAUUUGUUACAUCUAUACAUGCCUGGUUUUCCAAGAAAUGUUUAUUCAUAUCCAUAUGUGAGUAAAUAUUUAACUCUGUAAAAGGACUCAGUGUACCCUUCAGGUCCUGUUAAGUUUUUUCCCCACUUGACUCUGUUCAUUUGCAAUACAAUAUUUAUUUUAAUGUUCUUUUGUUGGCUGCCUAGUAAAGAUGUUAAAGUACCUGUAAUUUUGUACGAUUUAAAAAUAUACAUAUUUUUUUUUUUAU